AUGCGCCUCUCGGUUGAUUGCCACCUUUUCCUCCUCCUCCUCGUCGUCCUCACCCCCGUCGCAGCACUCGGUCCGACAUGCUUUAAAGUCGUCGCAGCACUGGUCGGCCGACCGGGACACCUCUUUAACAAAUUCCAGACGGAAAUCUGCGACCGUGGAUGCCAACCAACCAUCCCACACUGGGACCUCUGGACUCGCAACAACUCCUUCGUCCCCGCCGUGCGCAGCCUCAUGAAGCGCAUGGACGUCCCUCACAAAGAAGAUGCACUGUUGAAAAUGGGCGACGAUGUCGCGAUCAUUAUCAAAGAGCGCUGCGCCCCCUUGCUACACGGUCGACACAUUUGCUCCGACCCGGAUACGUUAGCCGACUUCGGCAACUGCUUCAAGCGCAACUUUGUGAAAGCGUCGAUCAAGCACCUUCCCAUUCUACUGCCAAUGGCGUCUGAGUCUGGGUGCAAGGAGCAAUAUAAGUUCCUUCAGGGCGACGAGUUGUGGGAGGUGACUAUCCCGAAUAACAUGAGGGAAUAUGCGAGUGUGUGCGAUAAAUUGACACCUCCGAACCACGAGGAAUUGUGA